UCAACAAAACCGGUCAUGAUAUGGGGGUUCCACGAGUAGCUGUGCUUUUAUUUAUCGUAUUUAUUGCGAUUUCUUCACUUUUUGCAAGAUUUCAAGAUCUUGUAUACGUUAAAAAUUAUGACAAUUUUGUUAAUACUCUAAAACAGCGAGGCAUUGCCAACAGUAAUGUUCUUAUCCCAGAUGGAAAACUUCAUCAUUUAAUGUGGUUUCUGCAGAUUUCAGAUCUCCACAUCAGUCUGUUUCAAGAUUCUGGGAGAAUCACAGACUUCAAACAGUUUUGUACAGAAACAGUUAGCACAGUACAACCUGCAGUUGUUCUUGUUACAGGAGAUCUUACCCAUGCCAUAAACCCAGGUACUAUUGGAUCACAAGAAUACAAGGAAGAGUGGAAAAUCUACUCCCAAAUAAUUCAUGAAAGUGGAGUGUUUGGGAAGACAAAAUGGUUAGACAUACGUGGCAAUCAUGAUAACUUCAAUGUUAUUUCUGUUGAUAGUGAAUCAAAUUAUUUCAGAAACUUCUCAGCACAAGGUCAGUUCCAUCCUCGUUCAUACAACUUCACAUUGAAACAUGACACAGAACGCUACACUUUUAUUGGACUAGAUGCUUGCCUGGACCCUGGACCUAAGAGACCUUUUAACUUUGUAGGAAGAUUAACAGAGGUAGGGUACAAAGCCCUUGAGGAAAUGAAGAAAAAAAGAGUCAAAGUGAUAAUUUCAUCAUUUGGUUUCACCACCAUCUGGAGAAUGAGAAAUGCACACCACAAGAUUAGCCACUUUCAGGUGGUGGGUACUGCCAACUGGGAAAGUGGACCCUACUUAUGUGGUCACUUACACACGUUAUUAGGGUUAGUGCCAUCCAUGUACACACUGCAUUCAACAGGGAGUCUUGAGUUAGAACUAAGCGACUGGAAGCUCAACCGAAGAUACAGAGUUGCAGCAGUAGAUCAUGGGAUGUUUUCAUUCAUAGAUUUGAAGCAUGGCCAGUGGCCUGUGGUAUUGGUUACCAAUCCAAAACAUGCACUCUAUACUAUGCCAUCCAUAGAACCAUUGAAAAUUAUUAGAAAGUCAUCCCACAUAAGAAUUCUUAUCUUUUCACCAUAUCCUAUUGUGUCAGCCCAAGCACAAGUGAAUAAAGGUGAUUGGCAAAACCUUACACUUUCUGAGGGACCUUUGUAUAUAUUGCCAUGGAAACCAGAAAAUUAUUUGAAAGAUAUCCACAGUAUUGAUGUUUAUGUUAAGGAUAAUAAAAACCAAGAAGCACGUGUGAAUCAUCUCUUUUCUUUAGAUGGGUCACGGCCUUCCUUUUCUUUGUUAGGACGAGCUGUUCUUAUGGGACAUAUUUCAAUAGGUCAGACUAUUUUUGGGAUCUUUCUGACCUUAUCUGUUGUUCCACUUUGUAUGCUGAAGUUUCUUCAAAUUUGGAAGAAAGGUAGCAUUGGUAAGAAGCUCUUAAAAGACAACUGCUGUAAAAGAUUUGUGUUCAAGCUGUAUUUACUGGUUUAUGUGGAUCAGCUGUUUUGGCCACUGAUAACCAUGGGUAUUUAUAGUGGAGUUGGACCAUGGUUUUUGGGAGAAAUCAUUGAUGGCUAUGUUGGUGUAUGUUUUGUAUGGGGUAUAUUUGUGGAAGGAGUAUUUCUACCUGGAGCUACAACAUUUUAUGUAGGGAGCCUGUAUCUGUUGACCUUUUAUAUGCCCUACACACUGCUCUUGUCAAACUGUCUGUACAGACAUUAUUUGAAUGUUCGAAAUGGUGGUGCUGAACCAUGCACUUUUUGGAACUACAUGAGUCGACAUUUGUGCAUGAUCAUUGUCAUAAUAUGGCAAUCAGUAGUGGCAGUUGGAUAUGCCAUGGCUUAUGGAGUGAUGGCUUUCUUUUUAGGAAUGCUAAACACUGGAAGUGUGGUGCUGGCUGUGGUACUGUGGAGGCUAGCCAUCACCUUACCUGAUUCUAGUUUUUCAAAAUUCAACAAACUAAUUAAAGACCAUGUAUUAAUUCCUAAUAAUGAAACUGAUCCUGAUAAUUGAAAACUUUAGUAUUUAAACCUGAUACAGCAAAACAUUGAGAGUAAAAGUAUUUUAAUCUAAUUAUAAGUUAUAUUCAUUAUAAUUUUUCAGUGCACAUCAUGAUUAAUAAAAAAUAGAGAGAUGUUAGUUCAAGCUUUUGAUCAUCUUUUGUUGGUACCAUUUCAGGAGUCAUUUUAUGACAUGUAGAACGUAUUCAUUAUUAAUUCACUAAUUAUUUGAACAAGCAAUCUUAUUUUGUGUUUAAAAAAAUAUUAUUAUGUUCUUUUAAAUAAUUAGUGUUCUAAAUCAUAAUAAAUAUUUUUUCUGUUAUUAAAUUCAUAAAAAAAUGCAUAUUUGUAACGUUUGUAUUUGACAUGCAGAAAGGUUUCCAUUUUGAAGACCAGAUAUUGUAUACACUUUUUGAAUAAGCAGCAUUUUUCAAAGCACAAUAAAAGUAAUUGUUGAUGUUUUAGUUUAAGACCUCAUGUCAGAGUAACAAAACUUAGGUGGUCUUGUAUUUAUAAACUACUGAAAAUAUUUAAACAAAGUUUCCUGGUAGUGUUACUUUUAAGAUAUGUAUAUGUUGUGAAAAGUGUAAAAGGACCAACAAAUGUUUUACAGUCCGGUAUCUAUAGCUUUUUUACAUUUCUAUUCCAUUUGAAAAAAAAUAUAUUUAUAUAUUGCACAUAAAAUUGCAAAAUGUUUUGCUGGAUGGUAAUCGUUUUUUUGUUUUUUAGAAUAUUCUACAUUAGCAUCUUACUAUAGUAGAUAAUUUCUUUUUUAUCUGUUCAUCUAUGUACAGUUACUGAUAUAACUACAAUAGCUACAGCAUUGAACUAAGUAUUAGAAGGAUGCUUUUCAGAAAUGUUACUUGGUUUGGAAGUAGUACUGAUUUCAAGCUGCUGUUAAAAGUCUAGCCCACCUGUCUGUAGGAUGGAUAUAAUUUUCUUUUAUAAAGUUUUUCUUACUCUUGAUAUUUUUAGUUUGCAAAAUAAUAUUCCUUGUAAUUGGAUAUUAUAUAUAUAUAUAUAUACAUAACUUUCCUUGGUAUAAUAGUGAUAUUAGAUAAGGUGUACUCUAAAUGUGUGGAGGACUGGGUAAUUUCUGUAUUCAUAUUUUAGAAAAAUAUCUAAUCACACUAUAAAUACUAAUUAUCAUAUAGUGUUUAGUGUACUGUUAGCAAACAAUGAACAUGUUAUUCACCAGUUACAUCAGUAUUUCUGGGAUGCACUGUACAUUUGUUGCUUUAAUUUUUCUAAUUUAAACAUUACUGAGUAUCUAACUAUUCAAAUGCUAACAGAAUUUAUGUUUAGUUAUAUCACAAUUUUACAAUGAAGUGUGGAAUAGAAUCUUAAAAUUUCACUAGCAAAUUGUGAUCAUGAAGAAAAAAUAUAUACUCAUUUUGAAGGUAAGUUGUAUUCAUCAUAGUAAAAAAUUAAUGCCUAAAAGAUUUUCUUAACUGAAUAAGUAAUUUGUAAGUCUUUCAAAAUUUUAAGAUGCAUCUCAUGUCUAUUGCAGACUUCUACACUGAAAAGAUCAUCAACCAUGCCUGAAAAUGUGUUGUGAAAACAAUUUGUAUUUUAAAAUAAAACUGCCAUUUAUAAGGGAAUAUUUAAAUUAAUUUGUCUGUAACAAAGACUAUUGUCAAAAAUAAUCCACUGAUAAAAACAAUCUCUCAAACUAGUAAUAUAAAUGUAUAAAUUCUAUGUAAAUAUAUAUAAUUCUAUGCUUAUCCAUAGUAAUAACUUUGGAUAAGUAUAGAGUUAUUUAAUAUUCUCUAAUGAGGUUUAUUUCAUAUUUUAACAUCUUCAUGUUGAAAAAAUGCAUGGAAAUUGGUUCUACCAAAGUAGGAAAAAUUUGAUACAGAGCUUUGUAUGAUACCUGCAAAAAAAAAAAGAUUUUGUAAUACAACAAGCUGUAAAUAUUCAGAACUAUUUCAAAUAUAAUGAUAAGUUCCCAGAAACUUUUUAUAGGAAUGAUGCAUUAUGCCAGAGCUCUAAAUCAGCAUCCCACAUUUUUAUGUGACGUUUUACAAUAGAAUGAAAAACAGAUUCAAAAUUAAGCUAUUCCAUUUUGAGUCAUUCCUUCAAACUUAAAAUAAAUGACAAGGAACUGUUUAUAGACUCAAUAAAGUUUGUAGAUUAGAUUUCAGUUUAAUUGACAUACUAUUUUUUCAAAUAUAGUGUACAUGUAUGAAAUUUUCACUGCUCAUUAAAAAUGCAGGCCUGUAGUGGGCACAGUAUAGUUAGCCCAUUGUGUAGCUUUGCACUUAACAUCAAAUGAUCCUUUCACGGUGGACCCGGGCUCUGUUUCUGCAACAUCAAGAUGGUAGUGGAAGGAAUUGUUCUGAAUUGAAAGGUGAUCUGUGUUGGCUGUUGUCUCCGGAAUCGUAACAGGGUGCAGCACAGUUAUAGGUGGAGACCCAAUGAAAUUUGGGGACUGAAAAGUUCACAAAUGUUAGGGAUACAUCUGUGGCUGAUUAGGGUAUUAGUAUAUUUGAAGCCAAGAAAAAUGUAACUUGACAAAGGUAAACAUUUUAUUACUCUUAUAUCUAAAUGUAGUUUUUAGAGAAUAGUCAUUUAUGAUCCUCUUUACAACCUACAUACUUGGGUGACCUUCUAACCAAUUGAAAUUCAUAUGACCUUACAUUUAAAUCUGAAAUUUUGCCACUUGGGAUUGAAUUCAUGACCUUCCUGGCUAUCUUGUUCUUCAACCAACCAGUGGUGACUUCAUUAAUAAUGUGUGCUGAAACCUUCAAAUCUUUUGAGCUGUAUAAUGUAAGGCUGAUACAAUGGACAUAAACUGAAGAUUUCCUGUUUAUUAAGGAGCUGGAGGUCGCUAGUGACUCCACGAUUUCUAGAGUUGACCUGACUUUCAACCCGGCAGAGUCCAUGAAUAAAGAUGCAUUGCUGGCUAUGAAUUUUUUAUUAUUUUGUUUUUACCUUUUUGAAUGUAACUCUUACCUUAUCCUGACUGGAUACUGUAGGUCAGAACAUAGUAAUUAAUAAAAUCAGAACUUUCAUACUGUAAAA